AUGGAGCAGCAAAUCCUCUCUUUUCCAGUCCUUGUAGCCUUCCUACUCUUUGUAUUGAUGGUGUUCAAGAUACGGAAGAAAUCUAUAAUCACCAACGCUCCAGGACCCUGGAGGUUACCUUUCAUUGGUAACAUUCACCAGCUGGCUGGCGGUCAACCCCAUCACCGCCUUACAGACUUGGCCAAAACUUAUGGACCUGUUAUGAGUCUCCAGCUUGGCCAGGUUCCCGCAGUAGUCAUUUCCUCUGCAGAAACAGCAAAACUAGUCUUGAAAACCCACGAACUCCAAUUCAUUGAAAGACCCUCUCUCCUUGCUGCGGAUAUCAUGCUUUAUAAUCGUACAGACAUCAUAUUUGCUCCUUAUGGAGGAUACUGGAGACAAAUGAAAAAAAUUGCCAUUCUGGAGCUGCUCAGUUCCAAGCGCGUGCAAUCAUUCAAAUCAGUCAGGGAAGAGGAGGUUUCGAAUUUCAUCAAAUUUAUCUAUUCCAAAGCCGGAUCCCCAAUAAAUCUUAGCAGGACGCUUUAA